AUGGCUUACACUGAUGAUUCGGUACGCGCAAAGCUAUCUGCGCUCAAUGAAACACAAGAAGGCAUUGUAACGGUCGCACAAUGGGUCAUGUUUCAUAGGCGCCAUGCAGACCGUACUGCCCAGCUCUGGCUGCAGAAACUUCGAGAUUCACCAGCAAACAAGCGUCUUAAUCUGAUCUAUCUUGCAAACGAAGUCGCACAGCAGUCAAAGGCCAGGCGCAAGGACGACUUUUUGGUGGCAUUUUCUCCGAUUAUUGCAGAAGCCGUGUCCGUAGCCUACAAAGGCACAUCCAACGACAUACAACAGAAGUUGCGGCGUGUCGUUGAGGUUUGGAGACAACGUGCUAUUUUCGAGCUGCCCAUUCAGGAAGCUGUUGAAUCUCGCAUCGAUGAAUUGGAUAAGAACCGAUCGUCCAGCAAGAAACCGCUGUUGGGGGGAUCUUUUUUCGGUGGCUCUGGGUCUGGAUCCGUGCCGCCCGAAUUGCAGCCUCUCGUGCCUCUCCAAGUCAAUGUUUCAAAGGCCUCUGUGACAACUGGUUCCGCCGUUAAUGCAGCCAAUGUAGAGUUUGAUAAAAUGAACGAUCCCAGCACGCCAGAUCCUACACCUCCAGUCCAUGCUGCUCGUCUCAGCCAGCUUCUAAAAACAUUGGCGAACGCCGAAAGUUCGGUGUCUGAGAUAAUCAAGUCGCGCCAAUCCCUCAUUGAGGGCCUUGAGAAGCUUCUUGAUAGCAAUCGCGCGUCUCUCACCAAGGAAAAUUCCCUCUUGGCUGAGCUUUCCGAAAAGAAAGCAGGAACCGAGUCAAGAAAGCGCGACGUUGAAGACGCAAUAAUGCGCGGCCUCUCCGCCGAGAACUCUCCUGCAAUCCACAACAGCGGAGAUGCAGGCUCUGAAGCUCCACGGCCAGAAGUUGAAGCUCUCACGCCGCCACCUGUAGAAUCGCUGACUCCGCCUGGGGAGGCACCAGAAACAUCGCAGCCGCACCCGUUCACGUUCUCCGACCAUCAAAUGGACGGCCAAGCCGAUUUUCAUGAUGAUAUGGACAUGUCAUACAAUGCCUCUUAUAAUAACGACGAUUCUGCAAACGGGCUCAAUUCGAAGCGGAGAAAAGUCGGCCACGACGAAGAAGGCGAUUUGCAGUUUUCUCACAGUGAGUUUGAUGCAGAUGUGGACGAGCUUAUCAGACAAGGUCAGCAAUGA